AGGAUCACUUAAUUGACGGUUGUGCCACGUGCACCCGUUGCGCACAGCCACUUGUGUUUCUGCGUUUCCGUGAUUCCGCGUACAUUUAGGCAGAACACGAUGGUAGUGCGUUUUGUCGCUUAUAUGGACAGACGACCGCUCUGUUCGCCCAGAGAAAAGUGGUCGAAAUAGGUGAGAAUGAGCUCUUAUGAGCACACUUACUUGCUGAAAGAAACCGAUAGCUGCGAGCGUGCUGCUGCUGCGUCUAUUUAGAGGUCCUUUGCAUCUAUACCACUCGCUAUUGUUGGCGAUUUAUCUUCAACUUUUCCCUCUCUGCCCCCUUUUGCGCUUUCAAGUCAGCUCGUGGGUGCCCCUAUCAAAAGAUGCCCGCCCUUUGAGCAAAGCCUAGGCAGGUUCUUCUUCUACUUUUAGAAAGUUCGUUUUGGCGUUUUCGAUGCUUUCUACACAUAUUGUUGUCACUACAUUGUUUAAAAGCAACAAGUUGACAGAUGUCAAGUUGAAUCUGCGCACUUCCCUAUUCAAGCAGCCUAGUUUGCGCAUAUUUAGUUGACAUUUGUCAACUUGUACUCGAUUUUAGCUAGACUGCAGUGGUUUUGCUUUUUCGUCGGUCCAGUACGUAGAGUUGUGCUCGCUGUAUGGCAACUGCUCCCUCCUCACUUCAAGUUGAUAGAUAGUGCCUUCCACAUGCCGCUUCGUUUAGAGCGCAGUUUAUAGAUUUAUUCUCGUUGAUAGCGGUUUGCGCACUUCUCUAUCAACUGCUCCUAUUUUGUGCAAACUCCUGUCGACGGUGGCACGGGGGUGGCUCUCGGUUUCAGCGCACUUCUUCUUUCAUACCGCAGGAUUUAAACGAAUCCGUUUUCAUAAGUACGUAAGUUUCCUUUCAAAACCGUUUGGUAUGAGAACACUAGGUUUUGAUGCUCUUAUAUCUUCGUCUUUCUCAAUACAAUCCCCAAAGAUAACACUCCCAACAUCUCCCCCUCACAUCUCAAUACCAAUUUUGCCUUCCCCCCCUUCAUCUUUUUUCUUCUCAUACUCCAUUCUUUGUCCAAGUCUGCCACCGCAAGCGGGCUAUCACGGGGCGGAAACUCAAUUUCAUUGAUGAUUUCUUUGAUCGCCCUCGUCGCCGUUUGUCCGAGGACAUGACAAGAUGCCUUCUUUUGUUCAGCACUCGAGUUCUCCCGCUAUAUCUCCCCCCCCACUCUAUUGAUACUCCCGAGAACAUUUGAGAUCCCAAACAAUCGACACCAAGGAUAUAAUUUACCUCGUUGUCUCCCCGCAAUUUCAACGCUCGCAAUCCCCGCCCCCUAAUGCACCAUGCCUCCCAAGGGAAAGCCAACGCGCAUACAGCCGCACCGGACGGUCAAAACCAAUUCCGCGACAGAAUUUCCUCCCCUGCCAACGACGCUAGGAGGUCGUGUGACGAAGACACCGCCGAAGGGAAAAGAUAAGAAAAUAAAAACCCCCAAGAAGGCGCCGGCGAACGAGCCCGAGAAAGGAACGGCCAACGAUCCCGAGAAGGGAACGGCCAAUGAGCCCGGGAAGGGAACGGCCAAUGAGCCCGGGAAGGGAACGACCGACGGCCCCAACAAACCCGAUGCUGAUAAUGAUUUAACGGAUACUGAUAACCCCUUCGCUAAUGGUGCACCAGACACUUACCUGAAGCGGGCCGCCAUCGUCGUGGGUAACAUUAUCUCGGCCGGCUACCACGAGGCAUACACCGAACUCCAGAGUCAUGAUCACAACUACAUCUCGAGGUUCGUGCGUGAAUCCGGCGAUAGAUGUGGACAUGUGCACUCAAAGUACCGCAAGUUUGUUAUCGUCGCAAAGUUCAAGAGCCACUUCGUGUCUCACCCCAUCUACAGCAAACGAUUCUCCUUCCUUGAUACCCGCGGAGACCACAAUGAGUACGCUGAGAUCAUCGACAGCAGUCUGAAGAACUUCAGUCCACCGAGGCUUCCCCGUCCACAGCCCCUCUGCCGCGGCAACUCCGACAAUGUCUGGUUGUGGAGCAAGGCGGAGAUGAUCCAGGAUCGUAACUGGGCGCGCAUGUCUGACACGUCGGUGGCGUGGAUGGCGCGGCCAGUGGCCCAUGCGAAUAAAACUAGAGCAAAGGUGGUGAGUACGUUGGAACCGGAGAGUGUGGAGCAGCUAUUGCGCUGGGCGAGAGAUUGUUUUGAUAGGGGAGUUGGAGGUGGGGAUGAAGGAGCAUUUGAGGUUGCUUGGUAAAGAGGGUCUGGUGGAUGCGCCAAUACCUCCAUCAGGAGGGGCCUGGGGACCACAGAAGCUGUUGGUUUAGGUUUUGUAGGAGUUUGGGAUUCAAUUGGGGGUAUUACGUGAGGGGUUUUUUUUGGGAUAGCGUGGGUUGGGGGUUUUGAUACAUAUAUGGAUUGAUAUUGGUUAUAUGUACUAGAUAUUUGGAAUUUGAAGGGAUGGCGG